UAACGAGAAAAUGAUUUAAUUUGCCAUAUCUUUAGGCGUCUUGUGUAGCAUAGCUUGACAAACAAAUUAAAAAACAAUUUACCUUCGACAUAUAAUGGCUGAACCUCGCGUACACGAUGUGGCGCAAGCAAAAGCGGCAAAACUUUUGAAGAAACGAACAGGCAGCGUUUCAUCGGCUCACAGUGGAAACGAGCACCCACCGAAGCGUCAAAGUGGGAAAAGCUACGCCGCAUCUGUAAGCACAAUAUCCCACCUUGACCACCAUCAUGAUGAUGAUUACCUUCAUCUGCGACCUGCAACUCAACUUGAGAAUACCUACCAGUUGGAACCAGUCGAUAGAUUCCCUGUGUCUUCCAUAACCAAGAUAAUGCAAGAAGUCAUGGGCGAUUAUUUGCAGAACAAACCGUAUGAACCAGAGUUUUGUAGGAAGAUGACAAAAGUGAUCUCAGAUGAAGUGAAAUUGAAAGUCAAGGAGCUUCACGUGCCAAGAUAUAAAGUUGUUUGUAUUGUUCAUAUCGGUCAAUUAAAUAACCAAGGUUUACGAAUAAGUAGCCAAUGUCUUUGGAAUGAUAAGUACGAUACAUUCGCCGCUUGCGAGUAUACCAACAGUGGUAUAUUUGCUGCUGCUUGCGUGUAUGGGGUUUAUUUUGAAUGAAAGGAAUUUCUAUAAUGUGGAUCACACAACACACCUAUAUCUAUUAUUUCACAAUGAAGUAUUAUUUUGUAAAAUCAAGUCCAACUUCAGUUUAACGUUUAUAUUUUUUAAAAAUCAUGUUUUUAACAAAAUUUAUUUUUAAUAUUUACUACCAAAUUAAAUAACCAUUUUAAUCAGGGUAAUAGGCCAACUGUGACCUAAAUCUAGGGAGUAAGGACCCAUAGUGAGCCUUGUAUUAAAGCCUUACCGAGAAUAUAGAAACAUUUGAACUACCAUUAGUUUCAUUGUAUUUUACUUUUUUACCACAAAAAAUAACACUUUUGUCCCCAAAUAACUUGCUAUUUUAGUUGUUUUUUUUUAUAUAUUUUUUCUAUUCUUCUUUCUAGGUAGAUCAUGUUUUAAUUAAUUAUUAAUUAAGAUCAAAUUAAUUAGUUUUUUUCUUCCUCUUUACAAAGACUGUGACUGCUAAUAUUGCUUCACUAGAACUAACUUGUUAUGGACGUAUUGCAAUUUAUAUUACUAGCUACCAUACUACCCCUAACUAACACCAUUGCAUACGUGGUACUGUCUGUGUAGCAUAAAUUUCACCUAACACUAUUAUAAGAAAUUUUUUUUAAGUGUCUAUAAACCGCCACAGUGGAGCCUUGAUACUAGCACCGUGGGUUUUUCAGUGAUAAAGUAAUAGACCUUAAGGCCCCAGGUGUGCCUCACUGAAGACCUCACCCUCACAACAUAAAAAAAUCCUGUAGCAUUUAGUUAUUGCCUGAAAUAACUGACUUGUUUAGCAUUGGGUGAAUUGUAGUUGCUAUACAGAAGUACCUCGCAUGCAUAGAUUUAGCAAUAACAUUACCUUUAUAACAUUCCAUCAAGAUUCAAUCCUUUUAUAAAUUUGUGUUGCAAUGUAAUUAGCAAUAAAUUAAAUGAAAUAAU